AAGACUUUUACUUGACUGGGAGCAUAAAUCAGUGUGUGUCAAAUGAAGAGCAGUAACAUGAAAGUACCGUCUUGACAAGAGCCUGUUAGGAAGCCUCAGGACAAGAGUAGUGAGGAUGGCUUUACUAAAGGCCCUGCGGUUUGGUGUUUUGAUGUUGGUUAUAUGCUUCGCUCUCGACCAGCCAGGAUUCAGACAGUCUGUGUCUGUCUUCUUUCAGGAUCUGAGGGAUGCCACGUCAUCCAUCCUUCAUGCCAGAGAGAAAAGAGGAGCCUCUUCUGCUCUCUCAAACUUUACUGAAUACGACCUCCAAUUUGUCAUAACCUUCUCUGACCUCGAGAGUCUUCAAAGGAUUCUUGGCAACAUCAGCUUCCCCAUUGCGAUCAACAACACUGUGGAAAUCAACAGCAUUGAGACCACAACAGUGUGUUCACCAAACAUAACUGGGUACCAGUGCGUAUGUGAGGAGAACUUUGCCUGGUCUUACAACAACUGCAUUACGUACGGGGUCUGUGACGCCAUUAUUGGUGACACGUGUGGCUGCAUUAAUGACCUGCCAGCUGGUGAUCAGUUCUGCCAGUCAAACAGCAGUCAAACAGUGACAACGACCGCAACACCAUCUUCUACACAAGCUAUUGAUCUAGUGGACAUCGAUGUGGACAUCAUCGUGUUCAUCCCAACCUCUAGUGUUUCAUCAAGUAUAUUCAGCUACAUCAGAAGUUAUCUGCAAUACCUUACCUUCCCAAUACCCAUCUCUCAGUCUCUGGGAGUGAAAGAGCUCCACUUCACCACAGCCUGCGAUCCAAACUCUGCUAAUGGGCUCCAGUGUCAAUGUGAGAGCGGCUUUGCUUGGCCAUGUGACACGUGUAACAGCAGCAACUCGUGUAAUGACCCCAGCAAUCCGUUCUGUACGUGUUUAAAUGGACUUCCUUCCAACAACGACUACUGCCAGCUAAUCACAAAUUCUUCUGUGUGCCCAACUCCUAGUCCUACUCCAGUGACAACGGUCUCAACAACUCCUCCACCAAUUUAUGAGAUUGAUUUAGUCCUGGAAGUACACAUCCCAUUCUCAAGCUACCAGUCUGAUACGCUGAAUGGGUUUAGAGAGUCUCUGAACAACAAGACCUUCCUCACACCUUUCUCAAAGUCUUUAAACAUUACAGAGUUAUUCUUGACCACAGUCUGUGAUCCAAACUCCACUUAUGGAUAUCAGUGUGUGUGUGAAAGCGGCUUUGCUUGGCCAUGUGACAUGUGCAGCAGUAACAGUUCAUGCAGCAGUCAAAUCUGUACGUGCAUAUAUGGACUUCCUUCCAGCAACGAGUUCUGUGAGCCAAUCACAGGUAAUGCUACAUGCCCAACUCCUCCUCCAGUCACAGCUCCUCCUCCUCUACCAACUUAUGAAAUCGAUCUGGUUCUUGAUGUGCACAUCCCAGUGAACAGUUUACAAGAAAACACACUCAAUACAUUCAGAAGAAAUCUGCUAAAUAAAACCAUCCCUGAUGUACAACAGGCUUUCACAGUGUUAGAAAUAACACUGACCACAGUCUGUGAUCCAAACUCCACUUAUGGAUAUCAGUGUGUGUGUGAAAGCGGCUUUGCUUGGCCAUGUGACAUGUGCAGCAGUAACAGUUCAUGCAGCAGUCAAAUCUGUACGUGCAUAUAUGGACUUCCUUCCAGCAACGAGUUCUGUGAGCCAAUCACAGGUAAUGCUACAUGCCCAACUCCUCCUCCAGUCACAGCUCCUCCUCCUCUACCAACUUAUGAAAUCGAUCUGGUUCUUGAUGUGCACAUCCCAGUGAACAGUUUACAAGAAAACACACUCAAUACAUUCAGAAGAAAUCUGCUAAAUAAAACCAUCCCUGAUGUACAACAGGCUUUCACAGUGUUAGAAAUAACACUGACCACAGUCUGUGAUCCAAACUCCACUUAUGGAUAUCAGUGUGUGUGUGAAAGCGGCUUUGCUUGGCCAUGUGACAUGUGCAGCAGUAACAGUUCAUGCAGCAGUCAAAUCUGUACGUGCAUAUAUGGACUUCCUUCCAACAACGAGUUCUGUGAGCCAAUCACAGGUAAUGCUACAUGCCCAACUCCUCCUCCAGUCACAGCUCCUCCUCCUCUACCAACUUAUGAAAUCGAUCUGGUUCUUGAUGUGCACAUCCCAGUGAACAGUUUACAAGAAAACAAACUCGAUACAUUCAGAAGAAAUCUGCUAAAUAAAACCAUCCCCGAUGUACAACAGGCUUUCACAGUGUUAGAAAUAACACUGACCACAGUCUGUGAUCCAAACUCCACUUAUGGAUAUCAGUGUGUGUGUGAAAGCGGCUUUGCUUGGCCAUGUGACAUGUGCAGCAGUAACAGUUCAUGCAGCAGUCAAAUCUGUACGUGCAUAUAUGGACUUCCUUCCAGCAACGAGUUCUGUGAGCCAAUCACAGAUAAUUCCAUAUGCCCGACACCAGUGGACAUCGAUUUGGACAUCGUCGUGUUCAUCCCAACCUCUAUUGUUUCAUCAAGUAUAAUCAGCUACUUCAGAAGUUAUCUGCAAUACCUUACCUUCCCAAUACCCAUCUCUCAGUCUCUGGAAGUGAAAGAGCUCCACUUCACCACAGCCUGCGAUCCAAACUCUGCUAAUGGGCUCCAGUGUCAAUGUGAGAGCGGCUUUGCUUGGCCAUGUGACACGUGCAACAGCAGCAACUCAUGCAACAAUCAAACCUGUACAUGUUUAUAUGGACUUCCUCCCAAUAAUGAGUUCUGUCAGCCUGUCUCAAAUGCCACUACAUGCAAGCCACCUGCACCUCCCACAGUGGACAUCGAUGUGGACAUCGUCGUGUUCAUCCCAACCUCUCGUGUUUCAUCAAAUAUAAUCAGCUACUUCAGAAGUUAUCUGCAAUACCUUACCUUCCCAAUACCCAUCUCUCAGUCUCUGGGAGUGAAAGAGCUCCACUUCACCACAGCCUGCGAUCCAAACUCUGCUAAUGGGCUCCAGUGUCAAUGUGAGAGCGGCUUUGCUUGGCCAUGUGACACGUGUAACAGCAGCAACUCGUGCAACAAUCAAACCUGUACAUGUUUAUAUGGACUUCCUCCCAAUAAUGAGUUCUGUCAGCCUGUCUCAAAUGCCACUAAAUGCGAGCCACCUGCACCUCCCACAGUGGACAUCGAUGUGGACAUCGUCGUGUUCAUCCCAACCUCUCGUGUUUCAUCAAAUAUAAUCAGCUACUUCAGAAGUUAUCUGCAAUACCUUACCUUCCCAAUACCCAUCUCUCAGUCUCUGGAAGUGAAAGAGCUCCACUUCACCACAGCCUGCGAUCCAAACUCUGCUAAUGGGCUCCAGUGUCAAUGUGAGAGCGGCUUUGCUUGGCCAUGUGACACGUGUAACAGCAGCAACUCGUGCAACAAUCAAACCUGUACAUGUUUAUAUGGACUUCCUCCCAAUAAUGAGUUCUGUCAGCCUGUCUCAAAUGCCACUAAAUGCGAGCCACCUGCACCUCCCACAGUGGACAUCGAUGUGGACAUCGUCGUGUUCAUCCCAACCUCUCGUGUUUCAUCAAGUAUAAUCAGCUACUUCAGAAGUUAUCUGCAAUACCUUACCUUCCCAAUACCCAUCUCUCAGUCUCUGGAAGUGAAAGAGCUCCACUUCACCACAGCCUGCGAUCCAAACUCUGCUAAUGGGCUCCAGUGUCAAUGUGAGAGCGGCUUUGCUUGGCCAUGUGACACGUGUAACAGCAGCAACUCAUGCAACAAUCAAACCUGUACAUGUUUAUAUGGACUUCCUCCCAAUAAUGAGUUCUGUCAGCCUGUCUCAAAUACCACUACAUGCAAGCCACCUGCACCUCCCACAGUGGACAUCGAUGUGGACAUCGUCGUGUUCAUCCCAACCUCUAUUGUUUCAUCAAACAUAAUCAGCUACUUCAGAAGUUAUCUGCAAUACCUUACCUUCCCAAUACCCAUCUCUCAGUCUCUGGGAGUGAAAGAGCUCCACUUCACCACAGCCUGCGAUCCAAACUCUGCUAAUGGGCUCCAGUGUCAAUGUGAGAGCAGCUUUGCUUGGCCAUGUGACACGUGUAACAGCAGCAACUCGUGCAACAAUCAAACCUGUACAUGUUUAUAUGGACUUCCUCCCAAUAAUGAGUUCUGUCAGCCUGUCUCAAAUGCCACUAAAUGCGAGCCAACUCCUGCACCUCCCACAGCCACAACAUCUCGGCCAUUCACAACCUCACUACCGCCAACCAUGACAACGCCGGUAGCUACACCAUCGCCUAAAAAUGUAUUGGGCACCUUUACCAUGGACAUGACGUUCAGCGAGUCAUUCAAUGAGAAGAACAAUGUAGUUUAUCAAACCGUUUAUAACGCUACUUUAAACAAGUGUACAAUUGUUUUAGCAAAGUGUGCAGUUAAAAAUCUGAAUUUCCAGGCUGGGAGUACAAUCGCUAAUUAUGAGCUCAAUGUUUUUUCGUCUGAAACACCAACAGAAAUCAAAGUUCAGAUAACAAAAAAUGAAAUAUUAUCAGAAGUGGCAUCAAAAUACCCCGUCAGCAUUGUCAGUUCGAGCCCAUUGUCUGUUGAUAAAGACCUUCUCUACGCCGGGGACACUUUAAACUUGACAUGUGACACAUCUGGCCUCACCAUUGGAAACUAUAAAAUAUUGUGGACACGAGAAGAAGGAGAACUUCCCAAACAAUCUACUUUUGAUAAAUAUUCAAUCCUAAUCCCUAGAUUUUCAAAGUAUGAUGAUGGGAUGUACGGAUGUAAGAUAACCUUUGGAGCCGGUUCAACUUUCAUACAGACGAGGCAGCUGACUUCCAGAGCACUCCCUCUGAUCACUGUGAGUCCAAUCAAAGACAGAGUGAAGUGUUCUGGGACAAGAGUACUGACCUGCCAAGUAGAUGAAUUGAAAGUUACAUUGAUCGAUCCAAAUGGUCUAGAUUUAGGUGUAACAUCCUACACCUUCACACCCCCUACGCCAUGUGCUGAUGGUGAUGUGCGGACGUACAAAUGUAAAUUGACAGAAAGGGAGAGUGCAAAAGAAAUCACACUGGUACUAACCACAAGCUUGAACUUUGACUGCACAAGUGAGAUAUAUGGAAAUGCAAUGAUUGGGGAUACGGGUAUUGGAAAAUGUGACACUAACUAUGCGGGAGAAAAGACAGCAGUUUGUAUGCCAGGUGGUAACUAUGGAGAUGAACAAAACAACUGUGUCCUGCAAGUGAUUGUGGACCUGCUUGAUCGAUCAAAGAACUUGAAUACCUUGACUAUUCCAGUAUUCUUGGAGGAUCUCAAAAGUGCAACUGUACAGAAUAAUGAUCUGAUCAUUAAGUCUCCAGCGACAGUCAUUGCCAUGAUUAAGAUCUUUGAAAAUGUCGCCAACACAACCUCAUCGUUAAACUUCAAUCUAGGGAAAAAUUCCACAAGGAACUUCAUAGAAAGUGCCGGCCUUCUCACGAUUGACAAUGCCAGGGGGUCUUGGACUUUUCUAAAUUACAACGACACCAGAAAUACAACGGAAGAUAAAUUAUCGAGAAACAGCUCCAGCUCUGCAUUCUUGAAUGUUUUUGAAAACUUACCAAGAUUUAUUGGCAAUGAUUCACUGGAUAUCAACACAGAUUUCAUUCUCCUGAACAAAACAAGGCUCACCGACCCUUUCAACAGUGUAUAUAACUCCUCGGUGGACAUAGAAAUACCACAGGCUGGUGGAGAAGAAAAAUUCAUCACCAUAAUCAUUUUUGCUAAAAUGUACAACGUGCUUCCUGGAAGAGAUCAGCUCAACACCUCCACCAGCCGCGUCCAUGGAAGGGUUGCCCUUGUUCGUCCUGAAGUUGAAAUCUCAAAUAUUUCAUUGACAUUUGAUGUCAUAAAUUACACAAAUGACACCAUAGGAAACCCUAAAUGUGUCUUUUGGGAUUUCAGUCUCUAUGAUGGUCUUGGAGGAUGGAGCGACAACGGCUGCUCGUUAGUUUACUUUGAAAAUGAGACGGUCAGCUGCAACUGCAACCACACCACCUCCUUCUCCAUUCUGAUGUCACCCGACAGCCCCAAAAGCCUUAUUCUGGACUACAUCACCUACAUUGGAGUUGGAAUUUCUAUGGCCUGCCUGGUCAUUUGUCUCAUCAUUGAAGCAAUCAUAUGGAGAAAAAUCAACAAGAACGCAACGUCGUACUUGCGUCACGUCUCCAUCGUCAACAUCGCUCUGUCCCUACUGAUUGCAAACAUUUGGUUCAUUAUUGGAGCGGCCAUUUCAGACGCAGACCAGAAGAACCCUCCGGCCUGCACAGCCGCUACCUUCUUCAUCCAUUUUUUCUACCUGGCCCUGUUCUUCUGGAUGUUAGCCUCGGCCCUGCUGCUGCUCUACCGGACCCUCAGUGUCUUUGACGGAGGGCUGUCUAAACUAACCAUGCUGAUCAUCGGAUUCUCUUUGGGAUACGGAGCUCCGCUGAUCAUUGCAACAAUAACUAUUGCUGCAACUGCUCCCUCGAAUGGGUACAUCCGGGAAAAUGUUAUCUGUUGGCUCAACUGGUACGAGUCCAAAGCUCUGCUGGCCUUCGUGAUCCCUGCACUUAUAAUAGUGGUGAUAAACUUUGUCAUCCUGAUUGUGGUGUUGUACAAAAUACUGAGGAGAAGAGUCGGAGGAAAUGCAGCCCAAACAGGAGAGAAGCACGUUCUGUAUGUGAUUGCCAGGAGUUUGGCUGUGCUCACACCGUUUUUCGGGCUGACUUGGGGUUUGGGAGUCGGAGUCAUGGUUAGCCCCCAAAACUUUGGAAUCAAUGUUACCUUUGCUUUCUUCAAUUCACUGCAGGGUUUCUUUAUUCUGGUGUUCGGAACACUGUUGGACAAAAAGGUGUGGUCGGCAAUGAACAUACCAUCACUGACGUCACAGGGUAGAACACAGAGCACCAGUGCUGGAACUUCAUCUAGUGGACUGAGCAACUUGUUCCAGAAAAUAAGAAGAAACAGAGGCUCCAGAAGUGGGUACCAUAUGUCUUCUACUGGACAAAGUGCAUCCAAUGACUCAUUCAACACUUAACAUGGGCAGGAAACCAUGCCCAUAUGAGAAAAACAACAAAUACAAAUAAUUUUUUUAUCUCAUUAAUACAACCUCUUUAAGUUAUGAUAUUAUAAUCUGAGAGAGUCCCGCUCGAUUCUCUUUUUGAAAAAUGAAGGAAGCAUUAAUUCUGCCAUCUUGUAAAAGCAGUAUUUUAGAAAGCUUUUCAUAGGUGUGUAAUGCAGAAAAGCUAAAUAUUUUUAAUGUUACAUGGCCUUUAUUUAUGGGACAUGCACAAUAAUGUAAUACUACAUAAUUUAAAAAAAAGUUAAAAAUAAUAUAUUUUAUUUUCCUUAGAUGGAAUGGCAUUUGAAGUAAGUUUAAAGAAAAAGUUGUUUGUUUUUAGUUUAUAUAUCAUGUUUUAUAUCCACAAAAUCUUUGGAAAAUAUCUUUAUGUUUUAUUAAACUAUGUGACUUGCAGCAGAAAAGGUCAAAUCCCCCAAGUGGAAUUGAGUUAUUGAUCGAUGGUAAUCAUUGUAUUGAACAGCUACUUCCUUUUGUUUGCAUAACUUCUCUGUAAUCUGUGUUAUGCAAUGACAGCCGUUUAUAGAAGCAUUUUAUACUGAUUUGGUUUGGGGGUUUUUUUUGUUGAAAAAGCAGAAUAGUCUUAUUAUAGUUAUGGUUAAUAUUAUUUACAUGUAAAACAUUGUAUUGAGUCUUUCCAGGUCACAACAGGAUACUAAAAACGUGUAACAUUUACUGUUCCUACAUUUGCAUUAGAUCUGCAAAGACUUUAAUUCCGGGAGGAUUCGGGGAUUGUGUUGUGCCCUUAAAGGACACAACACAAAACUCAGCUUUAGACACAAACACUGUCAAAGCUAAAUCUCACCCCUCAAAGAAGUCCUCUUUAAACCUUAGGCAGCUGAGCUAAAGAGAGCCUGUGGUAUUUGUAGACGUGAAAACCAUGUUUAUCUUGCUUUACGAUCUGUGUUUGGAUUGUAAAGUAAGGCAGGAGUGUUUCCUUUAUAUCUCAACGAAACGUCCACAAGCUUAUGAUUAAGAUUUUGUUUGGAAAUUAUUAUUUUUGUGUGCAAUCACUUUCUUGAAUAUAUCACAUUAUUUUGAAAAUUAAUUUGACAAUUAUUGCACGUUAUUGAAUAUUAAAAUAAAGUCUUGUGACAGAGCCUGUUCUUUC